CUUCAAACUCAAGCCGGCCCUCCUCUCCUCCAACGGUCCUCGCAGGUCACGCUGGUCUCUUCCCAGGUAUAAAGCCCAGAUAUCUCCCUGCCAGCCAAAUCUCUUGUCCCUGCCGUCGGACCACAACCGACCCUAUCUGCCUCAACGUGCUUAGCUGGGCCACUACUCUUAUCGCCCCGGCCCGCUUCUCCAUCUCCCCCGCAGGUCGGUACCCCGGCGGAGCGCGAUCGCGGUCGCAGCGCCUAUCAGGGAGUUGGUCAUGGACUUUACUAAACGCAGGGCCAUGUGCCCAGUCCUCCAUGGCCAGUUCCCUGCUUGCUUGGCCGUGUUGCCCUUGCCGAGUUGUCUUGAAGACGUCUUUGUCGCCGUGUGGUUCUGACUCUCCACGCUACAGAUCGAGCUGUUCAUUGAGCCUGCGCGGUAGCCGCUCUGCCUUCACUGCACAACAAUACCCCGGCCGACAUCAGUCACGAUGGAGUCCGCCGCCGUCAAGAGCGAGGGACUUGUCAUCCCACUUAUCGACUUCUCCAACUUUCUCAACGGCACCCCCGAGCAGCGCAAGACUACUGCAAAGGCGAUUCUCAAUGGCUUCCAGACAGCCGGUUUCAUCUACCUGAAGGGCCUCCCUUUCACACCGGACUACAGACAGCACGUCUUCGACUCUUCGGCGAAGCUGUUCAGGCUGUCCGAGGAGGAGAAAAUGAAGGGCUGCUGGACGACGCCAGAGGCCAACCGCGGAUACUCGGCCCCAGGCCGCGAAAAGGUGUCGCUGAUCGAGGAGGAGAAUGAUGUGAAGAGCCUCAGAACCGCUGCGCCUGAUCUCAAGGAGAGCUGGGAGUUUGGUCGCGAGGGCGAGGAGGGACACCCCAACCAGUGGCCUGAGGAGAAGGGCGACCUCGCUGGGUUCAAGACCACCAUGUUGGAGUUCUUUGACAAGUGCAAGAUGCUGCAUACCGAGGUCAUGCGGGCGAUCGCGGUGGGCCUCGAGAUCGACGAGAAGUGGUUCGACGGUUUCACUGAUGUUGGCGACAACACACUGCGACUUCUUCACUACCCCGAGGUGGACAGGAAUGUGUUCCAGGUCAACCCCGGUCAGGUCAGAGCCGGGGCGCAUAGCGACUACGGCUCCGUGACGCUGUUGUUCCAGGACACCAGGGGAGGGCUUCAGGUACAAGGCCCCACGGGGGCAUUCAUCGAUGCCACGCCAAUCGAGAACACUUGCGUCGUGAACGCGGGCGAUCUGCUUGCUCGGUGGAGCAACGACACCAUCAAGAGCACCAUCCAUCGCGUUGUGGAACCUCCGGCGGCAGAGGGGAACACCUAUCCUGCCCGGUACAGCAUUGCCUAUUUCUGCAACCCCAACUUCAAGAGCAUGAUCGAGGCCAUUCCUGGCACUUACACGUCCGAGGAUGAGCUAAAAUACAAGGCCAUCACUAGUGGGGACUACUUGGUGCAGAGGUUGGCGGCUACCUAUUAGACUGCCAAAAAUGGACAUGCUCUACUUCUUCGCGUAUACAAGCAAGCACUUGCAUUUUGCCAACUUCA